GUUGCCUUUUUUUUUUUUCGUUAUCUUCUUCGGAGAGCCAAGCAGAACCGGGCAGCACCGCUCACGACGAACCACCGAACAGAACACAAGAAACCGGUCCUCAGCCGACCCAGUCCAACCCGACCGGACCAUGUCGGGACCUUCUGGGCGGAUUGAGGCCUGGCUUUUGGUCACCCUGGUGACUCUAGUCCACCUCGACAUAGCGGAGGGGACCGGCGGGGACGCGCGUCCCAGUCGACGCAACCCGGCGCGGUUCUUCCCGGUCCCCGUGUGGAAAUUUAUGGCAGUGUCAGGACGUGAAGGUUCUUUCGACCUGACCCGGCCGCAGUUCCGUUGCAGCGACGACAGGCUUUGGGUCCGUUUGUCCCUCGUCAGACAUUCCAAAGCGCGGCUGGCAAACGGAAUUCGGCUGCUGGCGCUGCCCGACAGUUCUGCUGAUUCCGUUCGGAGGUUCGGUCCGGUGCUGCUGCUCAAGCUGCCGUACGGUAGCGCGCACCUGCAGCUGGCGGUGGCAAAUGGAAGACGCUUCCACCAGCUGCAGAUCUUUUAUUUUGACAGUCUGCUACAGACCAAUAUGGUGGCACUUGCUUCCUGCGAGGAUUUGGCCAAUGACCUUCAUCUGCCGCCCCCCUUGAUGCUCUGCAAACCCUCGCAAAUCCUGGUCCAGCUGCCUUUAGGCUCCAAGGUUCUGAAGAUCAAAAAUAUCGGUGAUGGAGCUCCAAUCCGUCCUGCAGUCAGCAUGGUGGAAGCUGGUUCUGUAUUUGUGCUCAACUCCACUGCGGCCCACACGUAUUCAAUGGUGGUUUAUUUGGACUCUCUGGGGGAAAUGUCCACCAUGCUGGCAGCUUGCGACAACGCGGACACUCAAAGGCCACACAAAGUUCAGCCAAGAUCUUUGCGGGAUGAAGUGGACUCUGACUCUCAAGCUGCUACAGAGGAACUAGAGUGUACCACCACCACCACCGCUGCUCCAAUAUCAGUGUUUUAUCGGGACUCCCCCAUAUUUGAAUUGUGGGGUUAUGAUGAAAUUCCUUCAGGUGAAUAUAAUGAAGAUGACACGGCGGACACUACCGGUGAUCUUGCACCAACUCGAUCAAGUACGAUGAGUGCCACCACUUUAAGACCCUGCGACACAACAACUUCACCUUCUCCAGCUCCUGCUUGUGCGAGUCUCACUGACGCCACAACUCCAAAACCACGUCCAGACGCAAUACCACAAAGUCGCCGUGGAACUACUCCAGCAUUGCCCGCGAUUUCUGUGACAACUGCUGCAGCGCCAACAUCCAGUGUCUCUCCAACCGCAAAAAAGAUCUCUGCUCUAACUCCCUCGACUCCUGGAAGUAGAACCUCUGCAGCCGCCCCGCUAUGUGCAACCAUGACCCCUCCCGCGAUGCCUCGAGCUACAACCAGCUCUGCUCCAACCACAACUUCUGCCGUACCCAGCGGGGUGUUUAGAUUUGACGCACCUUGGAGCAUGUCUGCUGCGAUGUUGACGACCAGCUCAUCUCCUACCACAACCACCCCUACGGCACCUGUCACAACGCCGUCAUCCGCAAGCAGCUCUACUUUUGUGUCAAUCACGACUGAACCCGCAACUGCGGGAGCCUCAACUGAACUUUAUACAAGUGAGAUGCCCACAAUGACCAGUUCUGCUCCUACAAGUGGCGUGCCUGCAACCCCCUCCACAAGUGUUGUGGUCACUGCGGUUGAAUCUCGAAGGACAACGGCACUACUUGCGCCAACCACAACUACGCGGCCCACACUCGUGUGUCCAAUUUUACCCAUAACUCCACCUACCUCUCCAUCCACAAGUUCUGCACCUACAUCCAACUCUUCUCUUACCCCAACAUCUACUGGAACCACUACUGCUGCGGCCUCAAGUGAACUAUCAGACUCCAUGAUGCCCACAAUCACCUCACCUGCUACCACCAUGACCCCAUCGGGUUCAAGAAGUACAAUCCUGAAAGUCAGCCGAACUCUUUCAAUAUCAAAAUCUCCUGAAUUGGGCACAACAACCUUUACGAUGGCCACCACAAGUGGAGUACCAACUACCACUCCUGCUUCAAGCACAGCUACAAGACCCACAACCACAAGUUCUGUACCCACAACCAGCUCAGCCUCUUUAAUGACAUAUUGGACCAUGACUGCAGUGCCAACAACCACCUCAUCUCUUCCCUCGAUGACCACUCUUGUUCCAACCACAAAUAUGUUCCCACUGACCUCAGCUAAGACAUCUAUUGUUGUACCUGCGACCACACAGGCCAACGUUUCAGUCUCCUCAACCACAAGUCUUAAACGAGUAGCAAGCCAAAGUCUUCCACAAACCAUACCAAUGUCGGCUCCAACCAUACGAGAUCCUCUGUUUACAACGACCGAUCCUUUGACCACAUCUACUGCGGUGCUUCCAGGCUCUGGUGCACCUGUCAGAAAUAUUACUCUCGCUCUAGCCACAAUACCCACACCUCCCUCCUCUCUUAUGAUGGCGACCGCUUCUGCUCCAACCACAAGUCCUGUCCUGAACCAAAAACAAUCGCAGGUCAUUCCAUGACCACGUCAACGUCUCCUGAAUUGGUCACAACCUUUGAUUUGACCACGAGUACCGC